CUUUCAGGGAAGUUGCAGGAGCAUGGAAGCCGGUCGCUUGGUGUAGUGGAAGAUCUGUCUAUCGAACUGAGCCUGUAACAACAACAAUGGACAGUGACCAGACACCUUUAAUUAAUCCUUCAUUGUUUGAAGAAUGUGCCCAGAAUCAUUUUGCUGCAACAGAUCCUAGAAGCAGAAGACCUUUCCACAUUGAACCGUCAUAUAUCACCUCAAUUAAUGAUGACGAUCCACAGAGAAUCACAUCAGUAGCUUCUGCAAUGAAUAAACGGAUACACUAUUACAGUAAACUCAGUAAUCCCUCAGACAAAGGUCUGAUUGCGCCUGACCAUGUCCUGCCUGCACCUGAAGAAAUCUACGUUUACAGUCCAUUAGGAACUGCUUUGAAAAUUGAUGGCAGUGAUGGCACAGGGAAAAACUCCAGCAUUGUAACAAUAUUUAUGAUCUGGAACACAAUGAUGGGGACAUCGAUACUCAGUAUUCCCUGGGGAAUAAAACAGGCUGGAUUUACCACUGGUGUUUGUAUUCUUUUCCUUAUGGGCAUUUUAACACUAUACUGCUGUUACAGAGUUGUGAAAUCACGAGGAACUAUACCGCUCACUGAUACGUCCAAUUGGGAGUUCCCUGAUGUUUGCCAGUACUAUUUUGGUUCUUUUGGCAGGUGGUCGAGCCUUCUGUUUUCUUUGGUGUCUCUUAUUGGUGCCAUGAUUGUGUAUUGGGUAUUAAUGUCUAAUUUCCUCUUCAAUACUGGAAAAUUUAUUUACAAUUAUGUCAAUGAUGUAAAUGUCACUGAUGAUGUUUUAAGCAACAAUGGGUCAGAUAAAGUUAUUUGCCCUAAUCCUGAUAGUACAAGACCGUUAAAUAAAUCCAUGGACACAUAUUUUGGAAAUGGGACAAAUUAUGAACAGUUUGAAACUUGGUGGAGUAAAACAAAUACUGUCCCUUUUUAUCUCGUUGUGUUGCUGCUGCCUCUUCUCAGUUUUCGUUCUCCAUCAUUCUUUGCAAAGUUCAACAUCCUAGGCACGGUGUCUAUCAUAUACUUGGUAUCAUUAGUGACAUUAAAAGCAGCACAUUUGGGAUUUCAUUUACGAUUCAGUUGGAACCAAGUUCAGGAAUUCUUUGUUCCAGAAUUUAGAUUAUCAUUUCCACAAUUAACAGGAAUCUUAACACUUGCAUUCUUCAUUCACAACUGUAUUAUCACACUUUUAAAGAACAACAGAAAUCAAAAAAACAACGUAAGAGAUCUUUCCAUAGCAUAUCUGCUGGUUGGUUUAACAUACAUCUAUGUUGGUGUUGCAGUGUUUGCUUCAUUUCCAUCCCCUCCACUGUCCAAGCAGUGUAUUCAGCAGAACUUUCUAGAUAAUUUCCCCAGCAGUGACAUUUUGGCAUUUGUUGCAAGAAUAUUCCUGCUUUUCCAAAUGAUGACGGUGUACCCAUUGCUGGGUUAUCUUGUCAGAGUGCAGCUCCUAGGACACAUCUUUGGGGACAUUUAUCCAAGUGUAUUCCACGUUCUUGCUCUAAACAUUGCAGUUGUUGGAGUUGGAGUAAUUAUGGCCAGAUUCUAUCCUAACAUUGGAGGAAUAAUAAGGUUUUCGGGAGCAGCUUGUGGACUUGCCUUUGUUUUUGUUUACCCUUCUCUUAUUCAUAUGAUCUCUCUGCAUCGGCGCGGCCAGCUGAAAGUACAUUCCAUACUUAUUCAUGUUAGCAUAAUAGUUUUAGGAAUCGCUAAUCUCAUUGCACAAUUUUUCAUGUAAUUUAUUUUUAGUUAGUAUGGUUAGUUUUUUUUAAUGUGCUAAGUCAGUUUUUCUUCCUCCAGAAGAAAAACUCAAGGACAAGUAUGACAAGCAGAAAAACAUAAUUAUUUAAAAAAAAAGAUUAUUGGCUUCCAUCAAAUUAAACCGGCAGUAUUCACCUAAAUAUAUACCUUUGUUCAACAUGAGUACAGUAAAUAGAACAUGUGUUUAAAA